AUGAUUUCCCCAUUUUUCCUGAUAAUUUUCACUCUACACGGCAUUUUGAGUCAACAAGAUGAGCUUUUGACAAAAAACUGCAAAAUCGAGGCACUUGGUGAAUGUUCGCAAAGUUGUGGCGGUGGAUAUCGAUUUUUCAAGUGGAUUUGUGUGGAGGCGGCUGAAAAUUGCGCGAUUUGCCCGUGAGUUUUGAAAUCAGCGUGAAAUUCUGAUCUAGAAUGAUUUUUUGAGCUUAAUAUGAGCAAUUUUUCAAAUUUCCAUGUUUCUAGGCUUAAAAUUAUCGAUUUUUCAUGAAAAAUAGGUGGAUUGCUCAUGUUAAACUAGAAAAAUCGCUAGAAUUUUGCAGCUCCCAACUCAUGAUCUACCAAUGCAAUAACAGACCGUGCUUGUCGAAAAAUGCGACUUUGGAGCAGAUUUUCGAUGAUGCAGAAGAUCAAAAUGAGGAAUUGAGUUCGGUUGAAUAUUAUGAAUGA